CUCGCACAAAAACUGAAAAAGCCGCGCGGGAUCUGGCUCCAUUACUCAGCUGGGACGUGCAGCGAUAUUGCAAAAACUUGUUACGCAUAAGUGGACAGCGUAGCCGCAGCGAUAGUCCGCCAGCGCGGCUGCAGCACCCAGCAGGUGGCGCCGCAGGAAGCUGCUCUGUAGAACGCGGCGUCGCGCGUCGGCGGCCAUUUACGAGUCGGAACGCUCUGCGCGCCCUGCGUGGUACCGCAGCAAACGCUGGGCGACGCUCGCGUGCGGUGUCGCAAAGAAAGCGCGGCGCCGUUCAAAACAAGGCGGCGUGAUGGAAGCCCUCAAAACCUGCGAACCCUGCGCGCGCAAAGACCACAAGACCUCGAAGACCUCGAAAAAGAACUGCGGCGCGAACUGCCUCUGCGUCUACGGCCUGGGCGAGCAGAUCCGGAACGCGGCGAACCCCGUCUGGGGCGAGGCCAAGGGCCUGCUCGCGGUGCUGGGGGAUAAUCCGAACGACAACGUCCGCGGGGACGUGCCGGCGGGGCUGCGCAACCUCGGCGCGACGUGCUACCUCGGGUCGCUCGUCCAGGUGCUCUACCACAACGCGGCGUUCCGCGACGCGUUGUAUAGGACGCCGACAGCACAAAGAAGCGACGCCGAGGAGACCGUCGUGAGCGCGCUGCAGAAGAUCUUCGCGGACCUCGAGGUCGGCGAGCGCUCGUCGUGCGACGUGAACGUCCUCACCGAUCUGCUGGGCCUCGAGGUGUCGGUGCAGCAGGACCCGCAGGAGUUCGGCAAGCUCUUCAUGGCCAAGGUCGAGGAGUGCGUCGGCGACGACACCUUCGUGGCCGACGUCUUCCGCGGCCAGCAGACGUACGAGACGACGUGCUCGGAGUGCCACAACGUCACGGAGCGCGCGGCGGACUUCGACGAGCUCGAGGUGGCGCUGCGGGGCCAGAGCUCCGUCGGCGACUGCGUGCGGUGCCGCUCGGCGCAUAAAUCAAACGUCCUCCGCGCCAUCGACGCGACGUCGUGGGCAUCCGACGCACUGGUUGAUUCGCGCACAGGUGCCACUUCAACCCCGAGUCGCUCGAGGGCGACAACCAGUACCACUGCGAGCGAUGCGGCAAAAAGGUCGACGCCGAGCGGCGAUUGAAAAUCGUCAAGGCGCCCCCGGUGCUCCAGGUUCAAUUAUUACGCUACGUCUACGACCGCGUCACCUGGGAGAAGAAGAAGCUCCGCGACGCCAUCGAGACGACGGCGUCCAUAAAAAUCGACGAGAACGGCGCGAGCGUGGACUACGACCUCUGCGCACUCGUGCUCCAUAGGGGAGAGUCGGCCCACGGUGCCGACUCAGCGUGAAAAAUGAACUUGAACCUGACGCGCCUCGCGAGUGAACGGAGACGGUUUCGCGACGGCGUCCGUGCCACACAGGCGGCCACUACGUCGCGCGCUGCAAGGACUGGCGGACGAGCAAGUGGCACCAGUUCGACGACGACAGCGUCACGGCGUUCUCCGCGCCCGACGAGUUCCUGGGCGACAAGAAGAAGAAGCCGCCGAGGUCGAGCGAGUCCUACAUGCUCGCCUACGUGCGGCGGCGGUGGUUCGAGGCGCGCCAAGGUUUGAAUACGCAGCCCCCGCCGAAGAAGCGGCGCGGCGCCCGGCAGCCGGCGCGGCAGCCUGCUGCUCAACCCGCGGCGCCGCCCGAAAGUGCCAAGAACCACGUCGAGAACCUCGACGCGGAGCACGCCGCGUCGAAGGCCGACUGGACCGAGGGCAAGGAGGGGCUCGAGGCGAGCGUGCGGCGGCGGCGGGAGGCGUACGAGCGGCUCUUCGGCGGUUCAAAUGCGGCGACGCCGGCGCGCACGUCGAGCGACGGCGUCGUGCCCGAGUUCGCGGGCGAUAUUGCGUUAUUGGAGACGGACGCGCUCGAGGCGUGGGUCGCGGGCGUCAAGCCCAAGGGCGCGGCCAAGGCCGGCGCGGCGGACGCGGACGGUGUCGUGAACAUGGCCGAGGACUCGGACGACGACGCCACGGCGGUCGUGAACGGGGGCGGCGUCGUCUGGGCGGACCCCGAUGCCGGCGAGAUGCCGGCGGAGACCGGCGCGCUGCCGUGGGUGAAACGCUUGGUAAGAGCGCCGCGGCUCUGCGAGCACAAUUGUUUGAGACCGGCGGAGCUCCACCAUUUCAAAGUACUGCGGCAGGACGUCUACGACGCCGUCGUCGCGGACCUCUUCGGCGACGAGCCGCCGAGCAUCGACACGCCGCUCAACGCGCACAACGGCUUCUGUAGGCAGUGCGCGGCGGCGGACGCCGGCGAGCGCGCGAACGCGACGGCGGAAUACGACCGGCGCCGCGCGCUCCUCGCGAGGCUCCAGGCGUCGGCGGCGUCCGUUUCCCCAAAUGGGACACGCGUCGUCGCGAAGCAGUUCCUCGCGGAGCUCAAGAAGAUGGACGUGCCGACGACGUCACAUGGCGUGCUGAGCGGCUCGGACGUCGACUGCAACGCAAAAAUUAAAUGUCCGCACGGCCUGCUCAAGCCGCGGUGCAACCCGAAGCCGCUCCGCGUCGACGAGGAAUUAUGGCGCGAGGUCCAGGCGCGCUUCCCCCGGUCGACGCAGCUCGUCUGGGACGCGCCCGCCUGCGUCGACUGCGCGGGCACGCAGGAGCAGCGCAAGGAGCAGCGGCAGCUGCGCGACGGCGAGCUCGACGCGUGCCCGGCGCUCGGCGCGCUGCUCGAGCGGGCCGCGCCGGCGCCGAAGCGGCGCGGCUCGUCGACGCGGAACCAGCCCGCGCCGCCGUCGGUCGACGACGCGGCGGCGGCGUUCGGCGUCCUCGCGCCCGCGGCGCCGGCCGACGCCGCGCGGCCGCGGACGGCGCGGGCCUGGAUCGCCGCCGCGGACGCUGAGGCUGAUAUGCCGGCCUUCCGGCUCGUGCCGCGGUUCUGGCUCGCGCGGUGGCGCGCCUACCACCGGCUGCACGGCCCGCGGCCCGGCGCGUUCGGCGACGCGGCGGCGCAGCUCGUCUGGGCGCCGCUCUGGCUCGACCGCCUGCUGCGCCUGGCCGGCCCCGGCGCGCCGGACGCGACGCGGCGCCGCGGCGACGACGCCGCCGCCGUCGCGGAGGCGAUCGAGGCCGCGCGGGAGGUUGACACCGUCGUCUACGACUGCGUGCGCGGGAAUCCCGACGAGUCUGCGGCGACCUCGGCGCUCGACGCCUUCGACGAAGCCCACCGCGGCCGCGACGCGUCCUACGAGGCCGUCUCCGAGGACGAGUACGCCGGCCUCUGCGCGCACUACGACGACGCGACGCCCGGCGGCGCCCUGCGCGUCUACGCGGACCCCGACGGCUGGCGCGUGGCGGACCGGGUCUGCGACGAUGGCGCGCGGCAAGCCGUGGAACGGCACUGCGCGGCGCGCGACGAGUACGACGAGGCGCCGAUCCGCGUCUGCAAGCUCGGCGCGUCGGACUCGCCGCCGGCCGCGGACGUGCUCGACGACGCCUUCGAUGAUGAUAUAGCGGUCGCGGUCGAGCGCGGCGAUUCGAGGAGGCGGUCGCGGCGGUCGAGCCGCGCGCCGGCGGCGCGGACCUUCGAGACCGUCCGGCUCGGAAGUGAGGACCGCGUCGGUUUGUUGCUGCUCAAGCUCUGCGAGGCUUUCCCCGAGAUGAUGGACGGCGGCAAAAAGUGCUUUCCUGCGUCCUUUUUUACGCCGUCGCCGCGACCGCUGCGUAACCCUUGACAUCAACGCAGGCGGAAGAACGCGGCGGCGAAAGCCAUAAUACUGCUGGCGCGCGGCGGCGGCGAGCUCGACGCGGCGUUAACAUUACGACAGUCGGGCGUGCGCGCGCGCGACGCGCUCUACGCGCGUAUUGUGGAUGUCGCCGACGAGGUCCCCGGCGCGGCGACGCUCGACGAGCUCGUGUUCUACGCCGCGGACGCCAAGGCGCCGCCCCACGCGGGCAAGCGCGGCAAGGCGGAGCGCGAGGCCGAGACGGGCUUUGCGGGGACGCUGCUCGGUGGCGGCGCGCCGGCGCCGUCGCGCGAGGAGGAGGAAAGUUCGCAGGAGGUUUGAAUACUAACAUGAA